AAAAAAAAACCCUACACAAAAAACCGACAACCAAACCCACCAAGACGCCAGCCGCCAUUUCGCGCAACAACAGGGAGAACCCGAGCGAGCAGCCCCAGCCAAGCGCCCUAAGGAGAGAGAGAGAAAGAAACAAGAGAUACACGCACAGAAGAGUUAGACAGGAAAAAAAUACCCAUAGACUCCGCCAUGAUCACAAGACGUUUAAUCGCCCCCCCUCCUCCCUCAGACUUAAUGCCCCAUUACAGCCGCCUCCUCUGCGUCCAACCAGCUAGCAGAUCCCUUCACCUCGGCUCCCUCCUGCCGCAGCAGCAGCUGUUUAGAGCCCCAAACUCUCUGUGCCCAAGGUGUGGGGGGACGCUAGUCUAUGGCGCUGCUGCUAACUGCUUCUCCAGUCACCCGAAAGUGGCGGCUCCAUCGAGGCAGGGUAAGAGCUGCCAGCCCAGCUUUUAUCUGGUGCCCCGAGUUUGCGCACUGAAGGAGGCUCGCUCAGCCCCUGGUGGGCGUCGAACGAAACCCCAGCCGCCGCCUCCCCUCCCUCCAUCAGCCGUAUCGCUGGAGGGGCUGAAGCCGGGCAGGGGAGGCAGGGCGGCGUACGGGUACAGCGGCAGCUGGGAGGAGAUACGGUGUUAGGAAGGGGGGCUCCUUACGAGUGGCCGGGGCUGUGCCUGCCCUGAAAGGCUGAGCGAGCUCCUGGUUUUGGCAGCGCCCGCUGGUCUGGAUGGAAGCGCGCCAUUCCUGCUCCCCGAGCGCUCUUCCCUAAAGGGCAAACGAGGCUCUUUCGCUGCUUGUCUCGUUCCCUACAGAACAGAAAUGCCUUCAGGGAGUGCUGUCCCACUCGCUUUAAGGAAAGAAGCUUUCUCCCACUUGCCUUUGAGUCCUAAACGCUUCGGGGAAGAUUCUCAGCCUCGAGUGUCUGAGAGUUUCAGUCAAAACCUCCUGAGCAGGUCUGCAAAAACUCCCGCUCCUUUCUCGCUCCCCUCUUCCCCGCCCCUCAGGUAGUUCUUCUGCGUAUGUGAGAUCCGGCAGGUCUGCCCGGCUUUUCGCGCAGUCUAGGCCGAAAAUGUGCUGUUAGAGAUUCAUAAAGAACACGUAUGCUGACACCAUCGACGUCGUGAGGAAGAAGCCGGAGGUUGGGGGUGUGAGAGCGGCCGAGGAGGGAGUUUUGGCGUUUAUUCCUCCGAGGAUGCAGCUCUGACUCAGACACCCUCGCUCCCGCCCGCGCUCGGCCUCACAA